AUGUCCACUCAUAAGCGUGUCCUUUUGAUUGAUAAUUAUGAUUCCUUUACCUGGAAUAUUUAUGAAUACUUAUGCCAGGAAGGUGCUGAUGUCUCAGUUUUUCGUAACGAUAAAAUCACAAUAGAGGAAAUAAGAAGGUCAAAUUAUGAUAUUAUCUUAAUUUCUCCUGGUCCUGGCCAUCCCAUAACCGAUUCAGGGAUUUCAUGUGACGUUAUAAAAGAAUUAAUGGGGGAAAUCCCAAUUUUCGGUGUGUGCAUGGGCCAAGAAUGCAUGAUCCAAACAUUAGGUGGUAGUAUUGGGUUCGCAGGUGAAAUUGUUCAUGGAAAAACUUCUUCAAUUACUCAUGAUGGUAAAGGUUUUUUUAAAAAUGUUCCACAAGGUGUUGCAGUAACAAGAUACCACUCAUUAGCAGCUGAUAAACCAAGUUUACCCGAUUGUUUUGAGAUUACGGCGACAACAGACAAUGGUGUUGUAAUGGGUGUAAGGCAUAAGAAGUAUAUUCUCGAAGGUGUCCAAUUUCACCCUGAAUCUAUUUUAACAGAGGAAGGUCAUUUGAUGAUUAGAAAUAUAUUGGAAAUUUCAGGAAAGACUUGGGAGGAAUAUUAUCAAAAUAUUGCUAAUGGUGCAGAAAACUCUAAGAAUUCGAAUAUAUCUCAAAAGCCUUCUAUAUUAAAUGAAAUAUAUAAUAAGCGGAAAGAGGAUGUGAAACAAUUGUCAGAAACACCUGGAUUUACAAUGAAAGAUUUAGAAUUUAAUUUUAAUUUGGGAUUAGCUUCAUCAGUUCAGAAUUUCUACACAAAAUUGUCGACUCCACCAAAUGGAAAAAGGGCAUCUGUCUUGGCUGAAGUAAAACGUGCCUCCCCUUCAAAGGGUAAUAUUGACAUAAAGGCUAUUUCAUCCGAGCAAGCUUUGAAAUAUGCUCGUGCUGGUGCUUCUGCCAUAUCUGUUUUAACAGAACCACAUUGGUUUAAAGGUAGUUUACAAGAUUUAGUGAAUGUGAGAAGAGCCUUGGAUCUCGAAUAUGUUAGAAACAAAAAUGACAGACCUUGUAUAUUGAGAAAAGAAUUUAUUUUUAGCAAGUAUCAGAUUUUGGAAGCCCGUUUGGCUGGUGCUGAUUCAGUUUUGUUAAUUGUUAAAAUGUUAACUGAGCAAGAGUUGAAAGAACUUUAUGAUUAUUCUAAAAAAUUGGAAAUGGAACCAUUAGUAGAAGUCAAUUCUAAAACCGAAUUGCAACUAGCAAUCAAAAUUGGAUCAAAAGUCAUUGGUGUGAACAAUAGAGAUUUACAUUCCUUCCACGUUGAUUUGAAUACAACAAGUUCUCUAGUUCAAGAUGUUCCAUCUGGGACUAUUUUGGUUGCAUUAUCAGGUAUUACAGUUCCAGAAGAUACUAAUAAAUAUAAAAAAGAGGGUGUUAAAGGCUUUUUAGUUGGUGAAGCUUUAAUGAAAGCGCCCGAUGUUUCAAGCUUUAUUGAAAAAUUAACCUGUUGA